AUGUCAGAUCAAGAGGACGAUGGCCUCAGCAUGUUUGAUGAACCGGCGGACUUUUACGAGCCAGAGAAGGAGGCUACCUUUGCUACGCACAAGCUGCUCAACGGAGACGCGCUGACAGUGCGUCUUGUCGGGCACAGUCCGCUGUGGGGCCAUCACCUCUGGCACGCCGCCACAACCCUCUCCACCUACCUCGAAACCCUCCCAAACUCCCCCAGCACCACCACCCACCCCCUGACCAACAAAUCGAUCCUCGAGCUCGGCGCCGGCGCCGGCCUCCCCUCCCUCGUCGCCGCGCUCCACGGCGCCUCCCCAGUCGUAAUAACCGACUACCCCGACGCGGACCUGAUCGCCAACCUGCGCCACAACAUCGCCGCCACCGCUGCACGGAUUCCUGCGGGCGGGAAGGCCGUGGCGGAGGGGUAUCUGUGGGGCGCUGACCCCAGUCCGCUGCUGGCGCAUCUCGACGCCGCGGCCAGGAAAGAGGGGGAAGAAGUCGAGCCGGGCAGCAGAGGCUUCGAUGUGCUGGUAUUGGCGGAUCUGCUGUUCAAUCACUCGGAGCAUGGGAAGCUUGUCAAGACGGUGCAGGCGACACUAAGGCGGACGGGGGAUGCAAGGGCGCUGGUGUUCUUCACGCCGCAUCGGCCGUGGUUGCUUGAGAAGGAUGUGGAUUUCUUUCGCUUGGCGGCGGAAGGAGGGCUAGUGGUGGAGAAGGUGGGAGAGUGGGUUAUGGAGAGGGUUAUGUUUGAGGGGGAUAGGGGGGAUGAGCUGUUGCGGCGGACGGUGUUCGGGUACGAGAUGCGGUGGAAGGAUCUGCAGGAAGACGUGAAGGCAUCGUCUCCCUGA